ACUUGUCAACAUCCAUUUUUUAUAAGUUGAGCAGUAUCCGAGAAGGAUAUCAGCAAAAAGUCCAAAGAUUUUCUCGUGCAAUAAAUUAAGGUGUGAAGUGAUUCCAAACUUUAACCAUAAAUUUCCAUUCUUUAAUCUCGAAUUGGUCAAUAACUCAUUACUAACAUCAUAAAUUCACUUACAGGAUUCAAGAUUCAGCUACGGGAGAGCUAAGGAUAUUCGUGACCCAUGGAAAAAUGGAUAUCAUCUAAUGUAGUCAUCAAGCAAUUGGGAACGCCUCGAAUCGUAUUCUGAAAAAAUCAAAUCUCGAUGCUCAUUGAGCGGAGUGAAUCCUUUUUUGGAUUGAUAGUUUCAUGCACGAUGAAGAGGCAAAACGUUCGCACUUUGUCCUUGGUUGUAUGCACAUUCACUUAUCUGUUGAUUGGUGCUGCCGUUUUUGAUUCGCUGGAAUCCGAGACAGAAUCGAAAAGAUGGGAUUUUUUGCAAGCAAUCAGAAGCAGUUUCGUCAAAAAAUACAAUAUUUCCGAUGAAGAUUAUAAAAUGAUGGAAAUUGUCAUAAUCGAAAAUAAGCCCUACAAGGCUGGACCGCAAUGGAAGUUCGCUGGUGCUUUCUACUUUGCGACAGUGGUGCUGGCCAUGAUAGGGUACGGACAUUCUACCCCAGUAACGAUUGGCGGGAAAGCCUUCUGUAUGGCAUACGCGAUGGUGGGGAUUCCCCUAGGUCUGGUUAUGUUCCAGAGUAUCGGUGAACGUUUGAAUAAGUUUGCGUCGGUGGUCAUAAGACGUGCCAAACGUUACAUGCAUUGUAACCAAACAGAGGCGACCGAAAUGAAUCUAAUGUUGGCCACUGGUAUGCUAUCCUCGAUUAUCAUAACAACUGGUGCCGCUGUGUUCUCCCGCUACGAAGGAUGGAGCUAUUUUGAUAGUUUCUAUUAUUGCUUUGUCACCCUCACGACGAUUGGCUUCGGUGAUUAUGUUGCUCUCCAAAACGAUCAUGCAUUGAUUAAUAAGCCAGGAUAUGUAGCGCUCAGUUUAGUUUUUAUACUUUUCGGGCUAGCUGUAGUUGCUGCUAGUAUUAAUUUGCUUGUUUUGCGCUUCAUGACCAUGAACGCUGAAGAUACACGACGUGAAGAAGUCGAAGCUCAGAAUAAAGUCACGAAUCAAUCGAUGACUUUCAAUGGGGAGUCAUUUUAUGUGAAUGGAAAAUUAAUGGGGAACCCGAACUGCCAAGAGUUUGAGGAGCAGACUUCGGUGUGUUCAUGCACUUGUUUGGGUGGAACACGAUGUGCGAAUCAUGAAACCUUCAUGGAUCCAGACUAUCAUCCAAAUGAUAUCAUAACGAGUACCUUAAGUUUGAAAAGGGCAUCAGUUUAAUAUGGUUGUUGUUAUUCUUUAAAAAGUUUUUAAAUAUCUAUUAAUGAAUAUAUUAUACAGUCGCUGAAAAUUA